AUGACACAAUCAGAUCGUCGUUUCAACUUAAAUGAUGCUUGGAUGAAAAUAUCCGAAGGUUUGAAACGUACAUACCAAUUUCAAGAACUCUCACCUUCACAUUAUAUGGACCUUUACUGUCAUGUUCUAAAUUAUUGUAUAUAUACUACACCACAAGCACGACGAGCUAAUGUACAUGAUAUAGCAAAUAUUGGUGGUGGUGAAUUAUAUGAUAAAUUGAAAAAAUAUCUAAAAUCUUAUUUGGAAAAGAUUUGUAAAAAAGGACUUAAAUUACAAGAAGAAGAUUUACUUCGUUUCUAUGCAACUAAUUGGGAAAAUUAUCGAUUUUCAAGUAAAAUAACAAAUGGUUUUUGUCAUUACUUAAAUCGAUCUUGGGUACGCAGAGAAGAUGAUUCAGGAAGAAGAGAUGUUUAUGGAAUUUUUACUAUGGCUAUCAAAACAUGGAAAUCAGUUAUUUUUGAACAAUUUCAUGAACAAGUUACUAAAGUAUGUCUACAACUAAUCGAAUCUCAACGUCAAAAUGAAAUAAUCAAUACUCUGUUGAUUAGUAGAGUCAUACAAAGUUAUAUUGAAAUUGGUUUUGCCGAGAAUUCAUCUGUAUUCAAUAAUAUUCAUCAAAUAACGUCACCGUCAUCGGCUGAAGUAUCAUUCCUUAAAGAAACUGAACAAUUUUAUCAUGAACCAGCAGCUAUGUUUGAUAUAUCUCAUAGUGAAUAUUUAAAAAAGGUAGUUAAACUUUUUGAUGAAGAAAUACAUCGUAUACAAUCGUAUUUACGUUCAUCAACAUUAAAAGAAUUAAGUAAAAUGUUUGAAAACGUAUUCAUUCAAGAUAAACUUGAAAAUAUAUAUGUCGAAGCCAAAGAAUUAUUACGCACAGAUAAAUAUUUAGAUUUUGUAUUAUUAUUCAAAAUGGUUAUUUCAGUACAAAAAGCAACUACUGAAUUAAGAAAUAUCUUUGAAGAUCAUGUUCAUCAAAUGUGUGUUGAUGCUAUUGAACGUAUCAAUAAUGAUGCAAUUAAUAAUCCAAAACUUUAUGUUGAAACUAUUCUUGAAAUUUAUACAAAUCAUUUAAAACUUGCACAUGAAGCUGUUCAUAGUGAAAAAGAUUUGAAAAUUGCUCUCGAUAAAACUUGUUAUAAAUUUAUUAAUAAUGAUGCAGUAACAAAAGCUGCUGGUAAUACAAGAAAAACGGCUGAACUAUUAGCACGUUAUUGUGAUGUACUUUUACGAAAAGGAAGUAAAAUUCAAGAAAAAACGGAUCUAGAAGAAAAAUUCAAUCAGAUAAUGGUGAUAUUCAAUUAUGUUGAAAAUAAAGAUACUUUUCAAAUAUUUUACAGAGAAAUGUUAGCCAGACGUUUAGUUAGUCAAUUAAGUACAUCUGAUGAUUAUGAAGAAUCAAUGAUUUCUAAACUAGAACAAGAAUGUGAUUUUGAAUAUAUAUUGAAAUUACGACAAAUGCUUCGAGAUAGUCGUGAUAGUAAAAGUUUAAAUAAUCAAUAUCGAACAUAUCAUGAAAGGAACCAACUUGAUAAUAUUGUUGAUUGUUCUGUGAUGGUUCUUAAUUCAAAUUCAUGGUCAUUUUCUACGUCAUCAGAGCUUAUUAUACCAGUUGAACUUAAAACAACAUUAGACAAUUUUACUAAAUUCUAUACUCAACAACGUAGUGGUGGUAAGUUAACAUGGCUUCAUCAACAUUCUCAUGGAGAUGUACAAACAUUAUAUACGAACCCAAGAUAUACUUUAAAUGUAUCAACAUAUCAAAUGGCAGUUUUACUUUUAUUUAAUAAAUCUUCACAUUGGAUAGUUGAAAAAAUGCAAGAUGAAACUCAAAUUCAAGUUAAUUUAUUUUUGCAAAUUCUUUGUGGUUUAUUGAAAAAUAAAUUAUUAAAAUGUGUAGAAAUUAAUGAUGAUGAUUUGAAAGAAAAUGAUAUUAAAAUGAAUUAUCAUAUUGAAAUAGAUGAUGAUUUUAAAAGUAAAAAGAUAAAAAUAAAUUUAAAUUUACCAUUGAAAUUAAGCAAAAAAAAAGAUAUUGAAGAUUCACAUCGAACAAUUGAUGAAGAUCAUAGAAAGGAUAUUCAAGCUGCAAUUGUUCGAACAAUGGAAGUUCGACAAACUUUAAAAUAUAAAUUAUUAAUCCAAGAAGUAAUUCAACAAUUAAGCUCACACUUUAAACCGGAAAUACCUGUGAUUCAAGAAUGUAUUGAGAUAUUAAUUGAAAAAGAAUAUCUUGAACGUCAACCAAAUGAAAAAGAUAUACUACGUUGUUUGGCUUGA